AUGGGUGCUACCGAGUCCAAAGAAGAGAUUGUCGCGGAGAACACCGAACCGAAGUUCGAACCGCCUGAGAACGACUACCAGCUUGUGUUUGAAGCCAUCAAAGCCCUCGAGUAUACGUUAAUGGCCAGCUUUGAAAGCAGUGGGGACUGUCUGCACGAAAUGAUAGCCACGACCAACCGAAAACUUCCAAUGGACCUCAUAGUGGACAUGAGAGCGCUGGCAACUACACGAAACAACAUGGCCCACGAGUACAGCUGUGACAAGCUUGAGGAUCGAGAGGAUUUUAUUGAAAAGUACAAGAGAGUUACUACCAGGCUCAAUGAGGAAAUAAAGCGAAAUAAGGAGGAAGACGAGCAAUUCUACAGCGAAGUCGUCCAAAGGCACCGACAACUGCACCCUCGACCGACCUUUGUUGUGGAAGAAGAAACGCCCGUGCAAGAUAACAUCAACGCCUCUCCAAUGGCUUGUGUUGCUUGCUUCUAA